AAUAACAAUGCAGUUUCAAUGUGUCAUUUACAUAUCUCUUUUUAUUAUUUUUAACAUAUUUGAAGCAUUCGGUGCCAAAUAUGAACCAAACUGGGCUUCUCUCGACUCUCGUCCUCUACCGGAUUGGUAUGAUAAAUCGAAAAUAGGAAUCUUCAUCCACUGGGGAGUGUUUUCUGUUCCCAGUUAUUCAUCAGAGUGGUUUUGGUGGACAUGGAAGGGACAGAAGGUACCUGGUGUUGUAGAUUUUAUGCAGAAGAAUUACCCGCCAGAUUUCACCUACGCUGAUUUUGCACCCCAAUUCACUGCUGAGUUUUUUAAUGCUGACCAAUGGGCACAAACCUUCCAGGCCUCAGGAGCCAAGUACAUUGUGUUUGUGAGCAAGCAUCAUGAGGGGUUCUGUAACUGGCCGUCCAAAUACUCCUUCAACUGGAACUCGGGAGAUGUGGGACCUAACAGAGAUAUUGUGGGAGAAUUAGCAGACUCGAUAAAGAAUAAGACUGAUAUUCAUUUUGGUCUGUACCAUUCCUUAUUUGAAUGGUUUCAUCCACUUUAUCUUAAAGACAAGGCCAAUAACUACACAACACAGGACUUUGUCAGGACAAAGACAAUGCCAGAGCUGUAUGAACUUGUUAACAGAUAUAAACCUGAUGUUGUUUGGUCGGACGGAGACUGGGAAACAACAGAUGUGUACUGGAACGCUACACAGUUUCUGGCCUGGCUGUACAAUGAAAGUCCAGUGAAAGACACAGUGGCUGUAAAUGAUCGGUGGGGAAACAACAUCAGGUGUAAACAUGGAGGAUUUUUGAACUGUGAUGACAAAUAUAAUCCAGGAAAAUUGCAGAAAAGAAAGUGGGAGAAUGCGAUGACCAUUGACAAGUUUUCCUGGGGUUAUCGCAGAAGGGCAGUCAUCAGUGACUACCUCACAAUGAAGGACAUAGCCAAGGUCAUAGCUUCGACUGUUAGUUGUGGAGGAAAUGUGCUGAUCAACAUAGGGCCCACACAUGAUGGGAGGAUAGCACCAGUAUUUGAGGAGAGGCUGAAACAGAUGGGUCAGUGGCUGGGGGUCAAUGGAGAGGCCAUCUAUGAAUCUGUACCCUGGAGUCACCAGAAUGAUACCAUCACCCCAGAUGUGUGGUACACAUCAAAGAAAACACCUCAAGGUACUGCUGUAUAUGCUAUAGUCCUGACGUGGCCCAAGGCAAACCAGCUA